ACACGGACGCAAACACUCUCUCUCACACACACACACGCACGCACUCACUCUCUCUCUCUCGCUCUCUCACACAAACACACAUACAUCCUCACGCAGUGGCACACAAACUGAGACUCACAGAGACUGUCUGCCCCUCACCACUGCUGGCAACGGAAAACCGCUCGCGCUCUCUGACAGGCAAGCUCUCCAGCACUCUCUGAACCGACGCGCUCGCUCACUCACACACAUACACACACACACACAUAAAGAACCUGUGCCGGUGGUAAAUAAUGGAUGUACUGAAGAAAGGCUUCUCCAUCGCUAAGGAGGGCGUGGUGGCGGCCGCCGAGAAGACCAAGGCGGGCGUGGAGGAAGCGGCUGCUAAGACCAAAGAGGGGGUCAUGUAUGUCGGGACGAAGACCAAGGAGGGAGUGGCGUCAGGUGUAGGCACAGUUGCCCAGAAGACGACUGAUCAGGCUAAUACUGCAGCUGACGCAGCAGUGGCCGGUGCCAACGAGGUGACAGAGAAGGCAGUAGAGGGCCUGGAGCAGGCAGUGGCAGCAACCGGCCUGGAGGAUCCAAUGGCUGAGGUGGAGAUCACCAAAACAGAAGAGGGUGCAGAGGAGGCUGCUGAGGCGGCACAGUAGGGUUUAAAUGUUCUUCCUCGUGCUCCAGGAUCCCUUCCCCACCCCAUGUCAUCUCUUCGGUUAGGAGGAGAACGUCUGCUGGCAACCCCAUGCCUGCUGUUCAGUUCGUUACCAUCAUGCUAAGGGCACCGGAGCUGAUUUGUCUACUACUUUACUAUUGUUAUGUAUUUUUUUUAUUUAUGCAACACACACACACACUCAUACACAUACACACACACGCACACACAAGCACACACUAUGCAAACAUUUUUACCUCAGCCCCCAUCAUAUGCAAACACACACACACACAGACACUGACAAUGUUACUGACAGACAAGCUCAUAUAUAAGAGAAACCUGCCCAAUCAACACUAAGACACGCAUGACACCUCAGUGACAGACAACUAUGGGGGCAGACGCCCAGCCAUUUUCACAGUCACGCAACCUGGCUCAACCAAACCCCUUUCCCUUUGGUGUGCACGCUGUCAGCUAGAGUAGUUCCUGCCAUUCAGCAGUGAAGAUAACGCAUAACACUGUACGUACGCUGUGUGAGGUUUGCUGAUUAAGCCACUGUAGGCCUGUCUUGUCUGGGUUGGACAUUAUGAGUGUCACUAAAGAGGUGUAGUGAAGGAAGGAAUACUAGCAGAACCACAGGGCUCUUACGCCUAACUACAUACUCUAGAACCAAGCCUAAAACUUGAGACCGUAUGACUGUGUUUGAUGUAGGAGAUUUGAUGUAUUGCCGGAGGGAUGACAUCUAGGGAUGGAUUGGAUGAAUGUUAGCAGUGAAAUGUUUAAUCAGUAGAUGAGACAUGUGCUCCUGUUUACUGAGAAAAUUACUUCAGCAGCUGCUGUGAGAGAUCGUCCAACACUGACACUGAAGAGUUUCCUCUAAUUCUAAACCAGGGGGCCAAAUAUCUUUUCACUAAUCUUUGUUUUAAGCCAUACACAAGGCGCCAUUAGCUUUUAUUCUACAUACAUUCGCUUAAACCCACACAGGUACAAACACAUAACCUCAAUAGACCAUUGCUUGACUCAUCUAGUCCACAACCUGUCACUGAACCAGACCUCUGAUUUUAUAAACUGGAACUUCAAUAAAGACCAUUUUGUUUAAUUCCAAA